UUACACAUCGCCCCUUUUAUUCAUUUUCUCUACUAAGAAUCAGCCCUUUUGUCGAUUCAGCUUACAUCAUCUAGUUUUGAGAAAAAUUCAAUCUUUUCUGUGUUAAAGUUUGGAUCUUUGUAAUGACUGUACCUCCGGUGGGCAAUCAGGUGGAAGUUCCACCGUUGAAUACUUUACCGAUUGGAUAUCGUUUUCGGCCCACGGAUGAGGAGCUUAUCAAUCAUUAUUUGUGCUUGAAGAUCAAUGGUUGUCAUAACCAAGUGGAUGUUAUUCGUGAAAUUGAUAUCUGCAAAUUCGAGCCCUGGGAUUUGCCUGAUUUGUCUGUUGUAGAGUCAAAUGACAAUGAGUGGUUGUACUUCUGCCCGAUAGACAGGAAGUACCAAAAUGGGCAGCGAUUGAACCGAGCAACAGAACGAGGAUACUGGAAAGCUACUGGUAAAGAUAGAAACAUAGCUACUAGAAAGGGGGCAAAGAUUGGGAUGAAGAAGACUUUGGUAUACUAUAUUGGGCGAGCUCCUGAAGGGAAGAGGACCAAUUGGGUGAUCCAUGAAUAUCGUGCAACUGACAAGUCAUUGGAUGGUUCACACCCUGGACAGGGAGCUUUUGUGCUUUGUCGUCUCUUUAAGAAGAAUGAAUUGAAGCAAGAUGAAAAUGUCGAAAGUUCACACUUUGAUGAAGUUGAACAGCUUGUUUCUUCUCCUGCUGUUGGAAAAUCACCAACCAAUGAUGGAUUAUCAGCAGUGGCUCUAUCUCCAAUCAUGGAAAGUGAGAGUAACAGAAGUAACCCACCAAAAACCUCUGGAGGCAAAACUCAUGACACAAGAUUAUCUAUUAAUAGUUGUGGCAAUAGUUGCACUGCUGGUGAUGCUGAAGAUCUGAUGUUGGACAUAACAUCAGGACAAUCAGAUCUCCAGAUAGAGGAACUGUUGGGACUCUUUCGUGACCCUUCACCAGAGCCUAUUGAUUGGUCUCCGUUGCAUUCACAGUCGCAGGUGGAGUUUGGAUCUUCUAUCUCACAUGGUACCAUGACCAAUGAGAUAAGCUCUGAUCAAAAGGAUGUCCAAUGUCAGAAUGGAAUAAAUGAUCUCAAUACUAGUGAGUUUUUAAAUUCAAUUCUUGUCAGCUCUGAUGAGCUUUCCUAUGAAGAUUCUGAAGCGGAAUUGAGGUCAAUCUGGUUUGCCUCGAACAGUAUUAACACUAUAACAAGGGCACCAGUUAAGGACUCUGGAACGUGUAGUGUGUUGAAGUCACAAGUCACACAAGAGCCAGUUAGGAGAGAUUUUUUUGAACCCGAGCUGCUGUUGGGAAAUUAUGGAGAGACUGCAGUAAUGAGAGAGGUUAAUUCUGUUGCAACCACAGUGGACGAGGCGUUUGCAACACCUUAUGUUCGCAAUGAUCAUUCAAUGGCGAAUCUGGAUUUCCUUAACAAUGGUUACCCUGGAGAGGUCAUUUUGUCUGCUGGUUCUGGUGGAAUGCAGGUCGACAGCUCACUAAACUUUGAUGAAUCAAACGGUUAUAGCAAUGUAGGCACUGAUUCUGCUUUUGGAAUAACACGAAGGACUCGGCAGGUGCAGAAUCAACCUGACGACAGCCAGCUGGGAUCUGGAAUGCAAGGAACUACUGUUAGAAGAAUACGUUACCAAGUGAAACUUCAAGCUGGAAGAGUAGAGUGUCGCAUGCCGACUGAUUCUGAUCAGGGUGGAGCAGAUCAUGAAGGACUGUCAACUGUAUCUGAGAGUGAAAAGUUCUUCAAUGAAGAAGCUUCUACUCCGAGUGCUGCUAUCUGCAGCGAUGAGACACAAGAUACCAUGUGCAAAGAAUUUAAAGGGGAUUGUCAAAUGGCUGAAGACUUGAGUGCAAAUGUGAAAGAUACAAAUGGUUCAAAGAGAGCAGCAUUGUCUUCGUUUUCAUCAAGUUUCUACAUAUCCAAGGUGCUCGCGGUUGCAAGUUUACUCAUGGUCUUCUUAGGUGUUUUGGGAUGCUUUAAGCUGAGACAAUCUGCAUCCAAAUUGUAGCUUUUUGUAACUGGCUUAACAUGUUUUGUUGAUUUUAUCUCCUUUUCAAAUACUGCAGAGGAGCUAAAGUUGAGAAAACUUAGAAGUUACUAGUGUAUAUUUUAUAUUACAAUUGACUUGUUUUGUACAUUACUAGUACUAUAUUGUGUAAGGAGAUCUAGUUAAUUUAGACUUUUUCCCAAAGAUUUGCAUUUGGCAUUUUGACUUCACCUCCUUCAUUAUUCUACCUUCCCUCAAUAUAUAUGGACAUCUCCUUGGUUCUAGUCAA